AGUUUCUUUUCGUUUGUCUCACUAAGCGGAUGUGCAAGGACUAGUCAACGGUAAAAUUAAAAUCACAUAAAUUAAAAACUCGCUGAAGUGGCUAUUCACAGAAAAAAAAAACAAAUUGCGCAUAUUCGACACUUUAUGGCGCGCGUGUUGACAUGACAAUGUAAAAGUGAAUAUCCUAAAAGUUCUGUUACAGAAAUGCUGAAAAUUUGAAUCUAAGUUAAAAUAAUAUACUGAAUUGUGAAAAAAUAAAUUUAAAUAAAAAAUUGUUGAAAUAGAUGUGUUUAUGUGAAUAAAUGUUAUAUUUAAAAUUACUAAAUUUAGUGAAUUUUAAAAUUAAUACUGUGAAUUAAGCGAAAAAAAUUAAAUGCUUAAAAUGUAUAAAAAUUAAAUUCAUUUUAUAAAAAGUGUGUGCACCUGAAAACUGAAUUAAAAGUUCUGCAGCAUUGAAUGCAGUUUUUAGGAAAAUAAAAUUGGAUAAUAGGAACCGAAGGAAAAUCUACUCUUCUCACAUAAUCCCGCAAUUUGUCGCAAUUAUUAAUUCUGGUCACAACGCAAAUCCGACGACACACAAUCAACUAAACAUUGAGUUCCAGCGGUCCAACGCACUCCCACUAAAUACCCGUAGGCAGAUUUGCGCAUUACUUUGUAGCCAAAUGCAAACAAAGCAUCAUCAAAUACGAGGAAUACAAGAGUAACUGAAAUAUGCUGCACAAUCAGAGCGUCGCGCCCACACUAGGUCCGACGGCGCCCGUUAUGGUCGCGCUGACAACAUCGUUCGUUGUACGCCCGACAAUGGCGGUGUUGUCGGGAGUUUGCCCACCCAAUUGGACCAACAACAACACCUUCGACUGCAUUAACGCAACCAUGGACAAUGGCGUGGGCAUUGGUGGCACAAGCGCAAGCUUCACCGGAUUCCCGGAACAAGAUGGCGCAGCGGUGGGUUAUGAUGUGAAUUACUCUUUGCCACGGGAUGGCCUAUUUGAUUUCGAAAUGGACCCAUUGGAGCGCGUUGUGUCAACCAUUGUGCCCGUAUUUUUCGGCAUCAUCGGACUCGCAGGCCUGCUGGGAAAUGCGCUUGUCAUUUUGGUUGUCGUCGCUAACCAGCAGAUGCGCUCUACCACCAACCUGCUUAUCAUCAAUCUAGCGAUUUCGGAUAUACUCUUCGUCAUCUUUUGUGUGCCCUUCACGGCAACUGAUUACGUGUUACCCGAGUGGCCAUUCGGCAACUUGUGGUGCAAAUUUGUGCAAUACAUGAUUGUGGUCACCUGUCAUGGCAGUGUCUACACGCUGGUGCUGAUGUCUCUUGAUCGUUUUUUGGCUGUCGUACAUCCGGUCACGAGUAUGUCUUUGCGCACCGAACGCAAUGCGAUGCUCGCCAUCAUUUGUGCUUGGGUGGCCAUUGUGACAUCAGCCAUACCCGUGGCGUUGUCACAUUCUGUUCAACUGUACUAUUUCAAAGGACGCAAUUACACAGCGUGUGUCUUUUCAUCGCAUGAGGGAAUCUGGAAUCUAGUUGCUUUUCAGGUCUCUUUUGCCGCUUCAUCAUACGUUACACCGCUAACGUUGAUCUUCUUCUUGUAUAUGUGCAUGCUGGCACGCCUAUGGAAGAGCGCGCCCGGCUGUAAACCAUCGGCAGAAUCAAGGAAGGGCAAACGGCGUGUAACUCGUAUGGUUGUUGUGGUUGUGUGUGCGUUUGCCAUAUGUUGGCUACCAAUACAUGUUAUACUCGUUCUGAAGGCAUUGGAUAUGUAUGCAUCCACGCAUCUAACGGUUAUUAUUCAAAUCAUCUCACACGUACUGGCAUACACGAACUCCUGCAUUAAUCCAAUACUAUAUGCUUUCCUGUCGGACAAUUUUCGCAAAGCAUUCCGGAAGGUGGUUUGGUGUGGCACUCCGCCGCCGAUAAUCAACAACCAGCAGAUCACCAAGACGACGCGCACAACCAACUGCAACGGUACUUCCAAUGUGGAAAUGUUAUAAGCCAGCAAUGAAGAAAUGGCACACGGCAGCAGGCAAAUGAAGGCAAACCGAAAAACGUGCAGCUGCAACAGCAUGCAGGCACAUUUAUGGCUGUGGCAUGCCACAAGUGGUGGUGGCGAUGUUGUUGGUAAUGUUGCGGGUGAUGGUCUUGAGCUACUGCUGCAGCUGCAAUAAACCCGAGGUCGUUAUUAUCGCAACAAAUUGAUUGAAGGAAUCUGCACACAUACAUACGCAUACAUAUAUAUAUAUAUAUAUAUAAUUUUGGUAUACACGUAUGCAGACAUGUGUGUGCGCUUGAAAUGCUUUUGAUGUCAGGCUUAGUAAUGUACAGGUGGAUUGGGGCUGGCAUAUGCCGAGAAAUUUACUUGCACGCACACAUCUCCUUAUAUGUAUGGACUUGUAUGUAUGUAUAUGUUUAUGCGAUUGAGUAUGUGUCAUAUGCGCUGCAAAGCAGCCAAGCGGAACUGAUUUAUUUAUUACAUUUGCAUGUGAGAGUCUGCGUCUGCGUCUGCGUCUGUAGGCAGGCAGACGUUUUUAUUUGAAUAAGGAGCAACUAAAAAACUAUUGCAGAUAUAUACAAUACAAAUAUAUGUAUAGUUAUAUAAUUAUUUGUGCUUGUACAUAGCAUAAGCUACAGAUUUAAUUACUUAGUAUAUAUAAGCGCUAUAAGUGUGUACAACAGCGGCAAGGCCCUCCCAACGUCCCCCAACGAGCAACCAACGAAUGCAUGCUCCAAUUAUCGGUUUCUUAAACAUUUUAUUCAUAUAUUUAAAAAAAAAAAAAUUAAUAAAAAUACAUAAUGCUUAAAUUACUUGUGCUAACAGCUUAGCUGAAGAACAAGUGUAGUGAUAAAAUGUAUGCUUUGUAGCAAAAACGAAAAAAAAUUAAAACAGAAAUUCCAAUUUGAGAGCAAAAUUCUCGAUUGAUAAACAAACUAAAAAAUGUUUAAGAAAUAAUUAUAGAUUUAAUGAAGAUUCAAUUAAAAUUUUAUAAUUGCGUUAUAAAUACAUGUUGUAUAAAUACUAAAAUUAUUUCACAUUUGGCUAUAUGUUACAAAAAUCAUCUUCGAUUCGCCACAUUUGUUUUAGAUAUUCUUGCUUGUGAAAAGUUUACAUGUGAAAGGAGCAAUAUGGUUAUCCUGUGAAACUCAUUAAAAUAGCUCAGCAAGAAGUAUAACGUUUUUCUAUAGUAUCUCCACUUGUUUAUACCAGUCAACUUAUUUCCUUUAUAUCAGUUGUGAGUUUGAUUCACAAUCGCCAAAUAAUGGCGAAUAGAUUGGCUUAAGCCUGCAGUCAAUUCUAUUAAUCUGGCAUAAUUUUAAAAAUGUUAGCCAAAUGCUUUUGAAUCACUUCUAAGAAAACAUUAUUUUAUCAAAUAAGAUGUAAUAUAGACUGGUAAAAGUCAUAUGUAGGUUUGGCGUGAGCGCUCAAAAGUGUAUCAGACUUGAGUCAAAAUAGCACCGAAGCUAUAAUACCUGUCACAAAUACCAAAGAAUUCAUACAAGAACUUGAUUUUAACCGGUCAGCUCGUAUGGCAUUUGGCGUCUAUAGUGGUUCGAUCUGAACAAUUUCUUCGGAUAUUAAACCUUUUUUUUUUGACAAAACUCAAUACCAAAUUGAGUUGAAAAUAUCUCGCCAAAUUUAAAAACGAAUGUAUUUGAGCGUUCAGUUUGUAAGGCAACUACAUAUAUACCAAUAUAAUGGUCCGAUAUCGGCAGUUCCGACAAUUGAGUAGCUUUUUGUAAAGGACGUACGCAAAAUUAUAUUAAAGAGAGACUAGUUCGCGUAUAUACAGACAAACGGGCAGGCAGGCGGACAGGCAGACGGACAUGACUAAAACGACUCUGCUUAUGCUGCUGAUCAUUUAUAUACCAACAUAUAUUUUAAAGGGCCUCCAAUGUUUUCGUCGUGGUAUUAUAAACUUCGCGGCAAACUGAAGGCUAAAAAAAUCCACUACGUUACUAACACUUUAUGAUCCAUGGGUUCAAGAGUCAACCGUGAUUUUUUCUAAAAUUAAAAAGUCGGGCCUUACCUACUGUAAGCUUAUAAAGCUAUUCCCUAUUAUCAAGCAAAAACAAUUUAAAGUUCGCUGACCUCUUUAUCUUACGAAUAAAUCCAGGCGUUACAAGACAAAUAGAGAUUUGACGACAACAAAGGCUUAUCAUGCUUUGAAAAAAUUAUUUUAAGAUAAGCUUUGGUUAUUCGAUUUUGAUAAAAUUUUAGUUCAAACCCUUACACAGAAAAAAUAAAUUGCUAGAGCUCAAACAAACUGGUGGCAAAGGCAUAUCGUACUUGAAGACAUUUUACUCGAAAGCAAAUAUGGGAAUACUGCCGGUCUCAGUAAUUUACCCGACGAUCAAGAGCCCUCCAGAUUUUAAAAUAAAGCUGGUUGGACAUCGUUACAAUAUGAAGACAGUGUUUUUAAGGCAAGCCAUAUAAAUAAGUGCAGAAAAUAGAAUACUACAAUUUAAAACAGAAUAAGACUGCGAGACUUUUAUUUCAAAUUUUAUUAUUAACUUAAAUUUAUUAGUUUCAGAUUUGCUAAUUUUUUAUCAUUUGCUUUUAAAACAUUUUUUGUUGAAUCGAAAUAUUUUUUUUAUUGUCUAAAAGAUUCACAAUAUUCAAAAGUGUGCUCAGACUGCCUGAACAAGCCGGACUAAUGAGCCCAAGCCCGGUUUGAGUAAGCUCUUUGAGUAAGCCCCAAUUAUUGUGUAGCUCGAAUAUCUACUUCUACUAAUUCGUUCGAGCUAUAAAAUGUUUAAUCAAUCGACAAUUUGCUCAACGAAAUAAAUAAAAGUAAAAUAGUGUACAAAAUAUAAAGCCAAAGUCUCCUAGUUGUUGAUAGUUACUACGUCUACUACUAACUGGUAGAAAAAUAAGGCAUAACCUAAAAUUCAUAUAAUAACUGUAAUAUUUAAAUGUACUGUAUAAAGCAUAUAUUUAAAAUAUCUAUGUAAGCAUAAUUGCGUAAGUACAAAAGAAAAAAAUAUAUUGCAUAUUAAAUGCGAGUAAAUACUAUUGCGUUUAUAGUGGUGUAGAGAGGUACAUAGCAUAAAAGUCUCCUAGGCGACAAGAUUUCAUAUUGCAUUUUGUUACGUUAGGGAAGUAAGUUGAUAGUAAUAUGUUUUGUAUUUUUGUAAGCUACAGUACGUACGAACACAAUUUGAAAUAUUAGAAAGCAAGUGAAUUGUUAUGAAUGCAAAAGCGUUAGAGAGUAUUUUGAGUAGUUGCAAACAAAAACAAAAACAAAUAUGUAAUUAAAUGAAAAUAAUAUAUUCUCACAAAUAAGAAGAAUAUAUGUACUUCGACGAAGCUAGAAAUAAAUUUAGUUAAAAACCUGUAUAUUCCAUUACAAAAUUAUUCAUUUGUGAAUGUAUGAAAUUUUAGCUUUUAAAAUAGUAUGUAGGUAGUUGUAGAUUGAUUUUAAGAUUGAAAAAAAGUGAAAUAAAACCAAAGCGAAAUAUAAUAUAAAAUAUAUAUAAUUAUUGACAUACAUAUGUAUGUUUCAAACCGAGUUGUUUGCAUGAAUUUGUAUAUUUUUUAAAAAUAUACCAUAUAUAAUUGGAAUUUUUUAAAACAGAUACGCGUAUAUAAAGCUAUAUAUAAAUAAAAAAUUUUAGAAAACAAAAUUGUAAAAAAUUUCGGUAGUAAUAAAAAAAAUUAUUUUUAAAAAAACAUAGAAUUGGAAUUUUUCGAAAAGCAACGAGUGUAAAGACGCGUUAAAAAAUUUAAAAAUUUUGGAAAAAAGUGAGAAUUGAAAUAAAAGAAAAUCGAAAAAUAUUGUAUAUUUUUAAAAAAUAUUUUUAAGAAUAUACUAUGUAUAUACCACAUGUAUAUAUAUUUUAUACAUGUUAUAUAAAUAUAUAC